GUGUGUGUGUGUGUGUGUGUGUGUGUGUGUGUGUGUGUGAUGGGUUGAAGUGUGCUGUGUGAGUAUAAAGUGUUCCUUGAGGUUUACCUAACCCCUGCAUUAGUGGCAAGACCACAGUAACCACCUCCAGAUGUUUGAGAGCACAAUCUGAUUAUUUACAACGAAGCCAAUGAACAUCGCCCUCUUCACACUAUAACGCUUACUCUUUGCUCCUUGGGCAAUGCCCGAGUUAAUGCUUAAUCUAAGUACGGACCCUUAAUUGCUAAAGCCAAGCCCUGUUUAUGGGAGGGAGGUUAUUUGGACGUGCACAGAUCAGUCAUUGCAGACCAGCUUAAGGACUUGUCAGACUCAUCUCUACCAGUCAAGCAACAGGAGCUCCAGGGCUGACCAUAGGAAGCUGCCACCAUGCCCAAAACCUCCAUACUAUCCAAGGCUAUCGCCGCCGCCUUUGUCGUCCUGACCGUGUCUGUCAUCGGCGGCAUUAUCACCAUGAUCAUUUUGUACAAAACUGAGAUCUCGACAAUGAACCCGACGCCGCGUCCGACGCGCCCGAUCGCCACCACAGCACUACCGCCCGUCAUGCGGCUGCCGAAGAAUCUCAUACCGCUCAGCUACAAGGUCUUCCUCAUGCCUCACCUCUACACCAGAAUUAUCGAGGAAGUAAACGUCACCAGUCCCAACCAGACAAUGGACUUCGUUGGAAACUCUACCGUUAGCUUUCAGUGUGUCGAGAGGACUAGCACCAUCUACCUCAAAAGCAUGAAGCUGGCAGUUACUAAUGGAAAGGUGAAGAACGACAACACAAAUGAGAUGAUCGAAGUUUCUGCGAUGAAAACCCACAGAGACGACACUAACUUCCUCGAGAUCCAGUUGAAGGAGGCAUUGGAGGCAGGAGGGAACUACAGUUUGUCUCUGUCUUUCAAGGGAGAAAUCUCAGAAAAUCUUGAUGGAAUGUAUGUAAGCAAAUAUGUGGAAGGUGUGCCAGAGUAUGAAGGCGAUACAAAUACGGAAAGAUUCCUUGUUGCCACCCAGCUGGAACCAGCUGAUGCCAGGAAAGUGUUUCCUUGUUUCGAUGAGCCAGACAUGAAGGCAGAGUUUCAUGUGACCAUCAUCCACAGGAGAGAUACAACAGCUCUAGGGAAUGCGGAAAAAUCAGGGUCCAGUAUUCUAGAUGAUGAAUGGAAAUUCACAAGUUUCCAUUCAACGCCCAAGAUGUCAACGUACUUGUUUGCCUUCACGGUGUCCGAGUUCACAGCAACCCGCUCCGAACAUGAGCGUGUGGAAAUUAACACAUAUGCUCGUCCUGAAGCCAUUGCAGCCGGACACGCUCAGUAUGCAGCCACCAUCACCGGAAAAAUUCUCUCGUUCUACGAGAGCUAUUUUGAAAUUAAUUACGACCAGAAGAAGCUUGAUCAAAUUGCACUGCCAGACUUGGCAGCUACAGCGAUGGAAAACUGGGGACUGGUCACAUACCAUGAGGGAGCCCUGCUCUAUGAGGAAGGAGUGUCAUCAAUAUUAAACAAGGAACAGAUCGCUACUACCAUAGCACAUGAACUGGCACACCAGUGGUUUGGAAAUCUGGUGACAAUGAAAUGGUGGAACGAUGUUUGGCUGAAUGAGGGCUUUGCCACCUACAUGUCCUUCUUUGCAGUGGACCAUGUUGAGCCUACAUUUCAAUUAAAAGAACUGAAUAUAUUGGCCAACCUCCAUACAGCGUUUCAGAUGGACGCUCUGGCCUCAUCCCAUCCUCUCAGUCCUCCGCAGGAAGAAGUCCAGAAGACUUCUAGUAUCAUCCAGAUGUUUAAUUCUAUAACCUACUGUAAGGGGGCAGCUGUGCUGAGAAUGCUGGCAGACGUCGUGGGUGAAAGGGUUUUCAUCGAAGGAGUCAAAACAUACCUCUCCGACUUUAGCUAUAAAAACACGGACCAGAAUGACCUUUGGAGAUCUAUACAAAAGGCCGAGGAUAAGAAUGGUGGUCACACUAAUGUUAAACGGUUUAUGGACCCUUGGACCAAGCAAAUUGGCUAUCCUGUCAUCACCAUCAACACUACCAAUGGAGAAGUCUACCAGAAGCACUUCCUGUUCAAUGACUCUGCCGAAUCUAGUCUUUGGUGGUACGUUCCGAUCAAAGUCAUGUCAAAUACGACUAAACCUUCUCUUGUCUGGUUGGAAUCCAGCGCCCCAGAGAAGAAAGACGAAUUCCAGUCCAAGAAUGGGGAAUGGAUCCUGGCAAACAUCAACUGUACUGGAUACUACAGAGUUAAUUACAACCCAGAGAACUGGGACCGCCUCCUGAAUCAGCUGGAGAUAGACCCGCAUCGCUUCCCACCGAUGAACAGAGGGCAGCUUAUUGAUAAUGCAUUUUUCAUGGCAAGGGCUAAACUUGUCGAAGUGACCCUGGCUCUGAAUUCAACACGAUUCCUUCGCCAAGAGCUGGACUUCCUUCCCUGGCAAUUAACAGUCAAAAACCUUGAGUACUUUGUCCUCAUGUUCGAUCGCUCCGAGGUGUAUGGACCCAUGCAGGCGUACUUCCGUGAACAGAUUAAGGGCCUGUACAACUCUCUCAGGAAUUACACAGACAAUUCAACAAUCCCAAAGGAUCACGCCUCACAGCACAGCCAGAUCCUCGCCGUAGAGGUGGCAUGUUCCAAUGAACUCCCAGAAUGCUUAGAGAUGGCUACAAAGAUGUUUGCCGAGUGGAUGAACAGCAACAACACUAACCCCAUCCACCCCAACCUGCGGUCUGUAAUCUACUGCCAAGCUGUGGCUGCUGGCGGGAAGAAAGAGUGGGACUUUGCCUGGGAGAGGUAUCAGAGCUCCAGCGACACCUCCGAGAAAGAGCAGCUCCGUGUAGCUCUGUCUUGCACCAAGAAGACCUGGCUGCUCAACAGAUACCUGGAGUACACUUUGGACCCUGACAAGAUACGCCUGAUGGAUGUCGGCUCCAUUAUUUCCGACAUAGCCUGGAACCCGGCGGGGCAUGCGCUGGCCUGGAACUUUAUCAGAGCACACUGGGACUACGUCAGUGAGCAGGAUGGAGACAUGCUGAUAAAUGCUGUGACCAGCAGGUUCUCGACACAGUUUGAACUGGACGAGCUGGAGCGUUUUAAGACCCAGUAUACCCUGGGUCCUGCUGCCAACGAGGUGGACCAGGCCAUCGAGAAAACCCAAGUCAACAUCCAGUGGGUCAGGGAGAACAAAGAUGAGAUACUCGAGUGGUUUGAAAGAGAAACGGCUGAGUAGGGUGGAAAAACAUGAUCUUUGGGUGUUUUAAAACAGGGGUGUUGAACUCAACUUCACUAAGGGCCACACUGGAAAAUGAGAAUCACAUCAAGAGCCAGACAUGUAGAGUUUAUUGACGUGUUUUUAUUUAAUCGACAAAGUCAAAUAUUUUUCA